CUCUGCUUCCCUUUUUCGUGCUCCUUGCUUUUUCCAAGGCGCAUGGCCUCAACGACCCGCGAUCUUCGCAUUCAACGUGCCUUCCUUCUGCUUCGCGCAGCAUGAUCCCAUACAUACGAGGCAAGAUGUGCUGCGUGGCUAGGUAUUGUUGUUUUUCCUAAUCCCAGCCAGGUGUGUUUGUGCAGAUUCACUGUCAUGGGCAGGCGCUGCUGCACCCGAGAAGACCGCGACCCAGCAGCCAUUACCAGCUCCAGCAUCAGCUAUGCUUGCGUAUCUGCAUGUUCUAUUGUCUGCGUGUCUAAGUUUGCAAGCUUCCUGCCCACAAGAAGAAACGUGCAAGUGGCAGGUCUAUCGUCCAGGCAGAAAAGAGCAGUCAGGGAUUUAAGACGGGAUGUUACGUGCGUACGGCUGGUUCCUAGAGUCUACCCCGAUACUUCCGUCCUUGUCGAACCCGUUGCCUCACCGACUGCAUCCAACUUCGGGACCCCAUAGAGACGCAUCUCGGAUCGACAACCACGGCCAAGAAGGGGACGGAGUCCCGUUGUGCAACAAAAUCAGAAACCAAACGGCACGACAAAGACGGGCAGGUCGCAGAGCGGAGGAAAAAGGAAGCGGUCGAGGCGGAGAGAAGAGAACAUCUUGGCCCGCAAGGCGGCUUGUUAGGCACGCUAGGUUGCCAGAGCGGAAAAAGCAACGUUGUCAGUCUCGGUCAACCCUACAUCAUUCCUCGCGCAUCACGCCCACCGCCAAUCUCACCCUUGGACGUAUGCUUCCUUUUUUCGCUCAUCGAUUUCCUUUCGCCAGCAGCAUUUCCCCCCCACCGCCUCAGACUAUGCCACCCACAUCUCACCCGCCGACCACUGGGCGAAACCAAAGUCAAUGGGUAUCCAUACCGCUGUGGUCGGAGCCAUUUCUUCAUGCUACAGUCUUGAUUCUCUUGACCGAUUCUUAUCGGCCCGCACCCCUCAGUGGCCGCCUGGUUGUUGACCCAAGAAAGUCAAUCGCCAAUCGACACAACUGAGACAGACCCUCCGGAUCGACGACAAUUGACAUGACAGAGAACAUAGACAAGUCAGCCUGUCAGGACUGAGACAUGCUGACAUUGACUGCCCAUCAAUCAAGCCAUCAGGCCCCAUUUGGAGCACUACCUACCUGCAAAGCUCAGAGUCCAAUGCGACAGCUGAUACAAACGCACCUCAGCCGCCUGCUCCAGCCUCCAGCAUCGUCUACCCGCCCUGCCCGCUUCGCCGCGCACAACGUACAGCAUGACCUUGAUGCAAGC